AUGUCUCCUCUUGAGCAUAUUUCGCGUGUUCAAUCGGUCAGAAAGGAGCAGCCAUCCAAAAACUUUAAUUUUCAUGGUGGAUUUUCCUCGUCCAAUGUUGCGGCUCUAAAGCCUAACAAGAAAAGUUUCAAAAAAAGUCCAAAGCCAAAUACUCUGCCACCACCACAAAAUGAUAAAGCUAAAAGGUCAAAGCCAAGAUCAUCUCAAGCAUCACAAGAUGACACUAAUAUGGAUGUGCUGCUCACAAGUACUUUGAUAGGCAUACGAGAAACCCUUGCAAGUCCAGUACAGACUGUAGCCCCAAAGGACCCAAAUGCUCCUUUAUGGGACAUGCUCAAGAAGAUUCCGUUGCCACCUGAUGAGAGGAUGUCGGUCGGGAUGCAUCUAUGCAAGCCAGAAUUUGCAGUCCAUCGAGGUUUUCUUGUCAACAUGGGUCAAGAAUACCUGGAGCGUUGGGUGUAUACAUACUUAUCUUAUCUGACAAUUAUCCUGCUGGCAAACGUGUCGGCGAUGAUCUUGUUGGUAACCUUGGAAACAAAGAUCCUGCUAGUAACCUUGGCGAUGAUCCUGCUGUUAACUCUAGCCCUUUCUGAGUAA